CGCACCAACCGCCGCAGUCGGAGGCGCUGCAGAAGGCUGGUUGCCUCCGUCAGAGUGGGGCGAAGAAUUGUGUGCUCUUUUAUUUAAAAAAUAAUUCCAUCUCCUCCUUUCCUCUUUGUCUCAACGCGACUGUCGCGGUCCCUUCCCGCCUUUCUUCCAGCGUGCGCGCGCACGCCGGAGAUCUCUAUCGUCGGAGCCACGAAGGGUGCUGCUGGUGAAUCCGCCAUCUCCUGCCACAGCCGCCGCCCACCUUCCCUUUUUUUUCUUUCCCCUUCUCCCCACCCCCCGAUCCUUUGCUCCUUGUCCCACUUUUGUGCUCAGCCCCACUUAAAGUACCACGGCGCUCCCCACGCCCUUGAAGCGGCAGCCUCGCUCCCUCCUCAACAGCCUGGAGGCUCCCAAUAUGAACGGGAUCGUCUACGUUGAGAGACACCAGGUUAUGAUGCAUGAUUAUCACAGAAGAAGUUCAUGUCUAUAGCUUUUAAGGAUUGAUUACAUCGUUUUGAAGCCUGAUAGUUUUGGAGUCAUCCAUUUAAAAGACACAUCUCCCUGCAUUUUUGCAAGCUUUUGUUCACCAAAGAAGGAACAUAAAUAAAUUGACGUGCUCUAUUAAUACACAGUAGCGUUAUUGGAAUAUUUACAGUCGUCUAUUUGCAAAAUUCCUGCAUAUAUUUAGUUGCUACAGAAACAGCAAGAUGAUUCCUAAUGGCUAUUUGAUGUUCGAAGAUGAAAACUUCAUUGAGUCUUCUGUUGCCAAGCUAAAUGCGUUGCGUAAAAGUGGCCAGUUCUGUGAUGUUAAACUCCAGGUAUGUGGACAUGAGAUGUUGGCACACAGAGCAGUACUAGCUUGCUGCAGUCCUUAUCUAUUUGAAAUCUUCAAUAAUGACAGCGACUCUCAUGGAGUUUCCCAUGUGAAGUUUGAUGAUCUUAAUCCAGAAGCAGUUGAAGUUGUGUUAAAUUAUGCCUAUACUGCUCAAUUGAAAGCUGACAAAGAACUGGUAAAGGAUGUAUACUCUGCAGCAAAGAAGCUGAAGAUGGAGAGAGUCAAACAGGUUUGUGGAGAUUAUUUGCUCUCCAAGAUGAAUGUUGAAAGCUGCAUCUCGUAUCGAAACUUUGCAAGCAACAUGGGUGAUUCACGCUUACUGAACAAAAUUGAUGGUUACAUUCAGGAGCAUUUGCUACCUAUCUCUGAACAAGAAGAAUUUCUGAAACUGCCACGCUUAAAGCUGGAGGUCAUGCUUGAAGACAAUGUUAGCUUGCCCAGCAAUGGCAAACUAUACACAAAGGUAAUCAACUGGGUACAGCGCAGCAUUUGGGAGAAUGGAGACAGUCUAGAAGAUCUUAUGGAAGAGGUUCAAACGCUGUACUACUCAGCUGAUCACAAGCUGCUUGAUGGAAAUCUACUAGAUGGACAGGCUGAGGUGUAUGGCAGUGAUGAUGACCACAUUCAGUUUGUGCAGAAAAAACCACCCCGUGAGAAUGAUCUCAAGCAGAUAAGUAGCAGUUCUUCUGGAAGUCUUUCUCCAAAUGCUGCUGUGCAGAGUCCUAAACACGAGUGGAAAAUUGUGGCUUCAGAGAAGACUUCAAAUAACACCUACCUUUGCCUUGCUGUUCUGGAUGGUGUGUUCUGUGUGAUUUUCCUUCAUGGACGUAACAGUCCCCAGAGUUCUCCAACCAGCACUCCAAGGCUGCUAAAAAGUUUGAGUUUUGAGGUUCAACCAGGUGACCCUGUAGAAAAGUCCAUGCCUCCUAUGCAGUAUGCUCGAUCUGGGCUAGGGACAGCAGAACUGAACAGAAAGCUCAUAGCUGCAGGAGGCUACAACAGGGAAGAAUGUCUGCGGACAGUGGAAUGCUAUGAUCCCCAAAAGGAUUGCUGGACUUUCAUUGCACCAAUGAGGACACCAAGAGCUCGAUUCCAGAUGGCAGUUUUAAUGGGGCAGCUGUACGUUGUUGGUGGGUCAAAUGGCCAUUCAGAUGACUUGAGCUGUGGAGAAAUGUAUGAUCCAGAAAUAGAUGAUUGGAUUCCCAUUCCUGAAUUGAGAACCAACCGUUGCAAUGCAGGAGUAUGUGCUCUGAAUGGAAAGCUGUACAUUGUUGGUGGCUCAGAUCCUUAUGGUCAGAAGGGAUUGAAAAACUGUGAUGUCUUUGAUCCAGUAACAAAAUCAUGGACAAACUGUGCUUCACUUAACAUUCGUAGACAUCAGUCUGCUGUAAGUGAACUUGGUGGAUAUUUGUACAUCAUUGGGGGAGCGGAGUCUUGGAACUGCCUUAGUAGUGUGGAGCGCUACAAUCCAGAAAACAAUACCUGGACUGUAGUAGCAUCUAUGAAUGUGGCUAGGCGUGGAGCAGGAGUUGCAGUACUUGAUGGAAAACUCUUUGUUGGUGGUGGCUUUGAUGGUUCACGUGCAAUCAGCUGUGUGGAGAUGUAUGACCCUGCUAAGAAUGAGUGGAAGAUGAUGGGCAGUAUGACCAUUCCAAGAAGCAAUGCAGGUUUUGCAGCUGUGGCCAACAUUAUUUAUGCAGUGGGAGGAUUUGAUGGCAAUGAAUUUCUGAACACAGUUGAAAUCUACAAUCCAGAGUCAAAUGAAUGGAGCCCAUACACAAAGAUUUACACAUUCUGACUAACAUAAGUCUCCUUAAAACUAACAGGCUUAGUGAUGUAAUUGUUUUAGUAGAGGUACACUUGUGAAUAGGGGGGGAGGAUUUAAAACGUUGCCGCCAGCAACACAAAGCUUUUGCAUAUUGCAUACUAUUAACAUGCUGUACAUACUUUCGUUUAGAAAACAUGAUUGGUGUUUUGUGUGUUAGAAUUUGUUACAUUAGUCUCUGGAAGUUGUUAAUCCCGAGAAUUAAAAGUGAUGACAUACUUUCAAGAGCUUCCCCCAAUGUUUGUUUUGCCAAUUUGCACACGUAAAUUGUCCUACAUUAGACCUUGUUUCUGGUGCAGGAAAAGUAGUAAGUAGCGUUCAAUGUGAGCAACUUCUUUUUAGGCCUUGUUUGGGUUUUUAUCUUCAGUAACUGGAACAAUCUAACAAGCCUUAUUUAAAUAGAUAAAUGGCUUUAUUAAAAAAGCUGUCACACCUGCCAAUUUGACUGCCUUUUAUAACAUUUUAUAUUUGUGUGUAUGUGUAGUCAGACUAUACUAUUCAGAAUUGAAAUAUGAGAUAAAUGGAUUGAAGCAGAGACAAUCUCAAAGUUUAUAGACUGGAGUGAGACUUCAUUUUCCAUUGAGUGAGAGCGCUUUUAAGUUUUUUCUCUGCUAUAAUGUUAUAUGAAUAGUUCGCAAUAUUGAUUUUCAACAGACCAGAAUAGGAUUUCUAAACGUAGUGUAAUGCAAGUGAAGAAAAAUCUGGCUGUGAAAUCUGGUAACUAUAGAGUGACUUUCUGUAUGGCUGUUUUUGUUACAACUACUAAAAAUAACACUUAAAGCUACAAAAUGUGUGGUGUGUUAGCAAGGGGGUACCUAUCUGAACUCUUAUUGGAUAAGUUUGUAUCUUUCUACUGCAAGUUGAAACUGUGUUAAUACAAUUAUGCUUUCACAUGUAUAAAAAUGGCUGUUUGUAUUCUUGUAUUUUUCCUUUUUCAUUUUAAUAGCCCAUAAGGGUUGUAGAAUGACUAUUCUGUAAUCUUGUACAUAUUAAUGGGUGCCAUGUUCGCACUUGUGUUUUGCAUAGUGUUAGACACACUCUAAAGUGUAAAGAAAUAUUAUGGCACAGGCUUUGCUACACCAGUUACAUUUCUUUCUUGAAUCAGGUAAUAUAUUAAAGAAUUUUCUGGAAUAUUAACAUA